CGGAACUUGUGUUUGUUUAUCUAACCUGGACUUGAUGAUUUUCCCCUGGAACUUUUUAAAACCAAUCAGCAAGAAGAAGACAGGAAGUGCCACUGGUCGCUAUGGUCACAGUGUCACUUCCUGUGGAGAACAUGCGGAUUCCUUUUAUAUGUUUGGAGGAUACUCUCAGGAAGAUGGCGCUCUAAGUGACAUCUGGAUCUAUAAUCUUACCACGUACAUGUGGAGUGAAGUGGUGCCCAUCACCACGAAUCAUCCUGAUGGCAGAUUCUUUCACCAAGCCGUCUGCAGUCCGGCGUCCAAAGAGAUUUUUGUGUAUGGAGGGGUGGUGAGGAAUAGAGAUGGAGCUUAUAAAGCAACCAAAGAAUUCUGGAAAUAUUCCAUUGGCUCCAGAAUGUGGCUCAAUCUUACUGAAAAUAUACCAGAUGAUUUCAGUCCACUUGCGGGACAUUCCAUGACCUUGGUGAAGGAGCGAUUUCUGGUGGUUAUUGGGGGGAUAUCCUCGGAGGACUAUUUCUCCAGUGAUAUCUAUAUCUAUAACACAAUGUAUGAGGACAACAAACCAGCAUGGAGCAAAUACAGUCUCGGCAGUCUACCCAGGGGUUUAUAUGGUCACAGUGCAGUAUAUUAUCCAGACAAAAGCAUUAUCUACAUUCAUGGAGGAAUGGCAUUUAAACAGUCCAAGUUUGAUGUUUCAAGGGAUACUUAUGUGUAUGACAUGGAGAAGAAUAUGGCUUAUUUUAUACAUACCAGGACUCACGAACAGGCUAUGCCGCGAGUGUUCCACACCGCUGUGCGUGCUCUGGAUGGAAUGUUGGUGAUUGGGGGAAUGGGAACCAGAGGACAAAUAACAAAUUACAUGUCACUCUUCAGAUUCAAGUGCAGCAUAUGGCACAAGUACCAAACAGACUCAGGUAUGACUGAUGAACGUAGUUCAUCGUACAGGAAAAUGACCAACUCAUUAAUAGGAGCUAGUUCCAUCCGCCAGAGGAACCGCAUUUAUGUGGUGGGGGGUUACAAUGGCACCACCUAUAGUCAGAUGGUGGAGGUGGAGCCUAAGGAGACUUUCUGUCAGACUGCUCUACACGAGAAUGACUGUAAGGCCAUCCCAAGCUGUGACUACUGUGUCAGCGAGGGCAUCGGAAUCUGUAUGGAAUCAUCUGAUGACAGUCGCUGUUCCAGAGGAGAGGUUUGUGAUGAAGGCUGGUUUAAUAAGACAGACUGCAGUGUCUACACCUCCUGUCACACCUGCCUUACAGGAAGUCCAUACUUCAACACACAGCCCUGUAAAUGGUGUAUGGACUGUGCCUCUUGUAUCAGGGCUGAGGAACAGUGUAAUAAUCACAAUAAUUGUGAAGAGAAGUCGGCCAUUACGUCUCCUCCCCACUGCCUGCAGGAGAAGUGUGACGUGGGACAGUGUAAGGACUGCCUACAUGACCAGGGCUGUAUAUGGGCCAAUUGUAUACACCAGGGAGAGAACAACAUUCAGAUUGUAGACACCAGUUUCAGUUCCACCUGGAGAUGUACACGGGAUGUGGUAGGUGGUGUCUGUACAAAUCACAGUGUGUGUCCCCGGAGGUGUGAUGAACACACGGACUGUCUGUCCUGUCAGGAGGCCACAGGGAGGGGGGCGGGGUCCAGGGGCUGUGUGUGGAGCUCCGUCAAACAGCAGUGUUUUGAUGAGGCCCUGCUGCCCCUACGCUGUGUUGGGGGGGAGUGUGGUAUCAUCCUACAGAAGGAGCCACAGAAAUGUCCAGUCCCCUGCUCCCGAUUCCAGAUCUGUGCCGAGUGUAUCCAGGCUCCCUGGUGUGGCUGGUGUGCCUUCGCCGGUUACGUAGGGGAGGGGAUAUGUAUGAAGGGAGGUACACUUAACCCCACAGGGAAGGGAUCUUGCCUGGAAAACAACAUAAAACAUAGCGAAGGAUAUAUACCUAUCAAAAUGUGGACCAAGAAGUCUAAAGGUGUGCCAACCUGGGCCUACAGUUCCUGUCCCCCAGAGAAUGAGUGUAUUAACACCCACCACGACUGUGAUAACGAGAGCGAGAACUGUCACGACACAGAAACCAGCUAUAACUGUACCUGCAAGAAAGACUAUCUGAAGGACCCUAUCAGUGGUAAAUGUAAGCCUCAUUGUCAUGAGAAGUGUAUGAAUGGUACGUGUGUCCGGCCGGAGGUCUGUCAGUGUAACUUUGGUUACGUCGGGAAAACAUGUCAGACGGAAUGUGAUUGUUACGGGAACAGUGACUGUCUGAAUGAGCUCUCCCUGCAGGAAUGCCACAACUGUCUGAAUCAUACCAAGGGUAAGCGGUGUCAGUACUGCCUGAGUCGUUUUGUGGGAGACCCCACGGAGAGGAAGCCCUGUGUCUCCUGUUUUGUCUACUGUCAUAACCACACCUCCUCCUGUAUCUCCAAUGACUUCUAUAGUGACCCCCACUUCAUGGCUAAGUUCUGGCUUAACAACUCUAUCAUAGAUCAGAAAAACAUGACAGGACCAAAACCGAGAGAUGCCAUGUGUAUAGCGUGUCAGAACAACACAGAAGGGAAGAGAUGUGAUCGCUGUCAGGAGGGCUACUUCAGGGUGAAGAAAGAACACAAGACACUGACAGACGUCUGUAUCAAGUGUCAGUGUAAUGGACACAGUGAUACUUGUAAGAAUGACACCGGAGAAGGUUGUCAGUGCCUUAACAACACAGAGACCCCAGCUUGUAAAUCUAAUUCUGACCCACAGGCAGAAAAGUGCUGGCAGAAACAGUGUUCCAAAUGUAAAGAGUACUUUAUUGGUGAGCCGACAAAGGGACAUCACUGCUACAGACAAAUGACAGUAGAUAAAGAGUACUGCUUUGACCCCAGCACCCAGACCAACUGUAACCAGAACCCAGGGCCCCUCUACAAGGGAAGAACCGUGUUUUUUGCUGUACAACCUCGGUACCUUAAUGUGGACAUCAGGAUCACCAUAGACGUCACACAUGGAGCUGCUGACGUGUAUUUUUCGUCAAGUGAGAAAACAUUCACUGUAAAUGUUCAACAAGGCACUGGUGUACAUAUGGUGGAACUAGACUCGGACUUCUCCACUCUUCCUGACUCACUUCAAAUACAUACAGGAUUCCGUUCACGGAGAAGUAUUUUUAAUUCGACCUCUAACACGUCCCACCCGCACAUAACGCUGCAGGCUACAAACUUCCACACAUAUCACACAGUGCAGGAGACAGGAGCCAUUAUUAAGUUUGAGAAUGUCCGAUCACGUUUGGUAGUCACAUUACCGCUUGACCAGCAUGACCUCAGAACGUCCAAGUUUUACCUGAUUAUUUAUGGCCAGGGUGAUGGUAGAGGACGGGGAACAUUUGGAAACCUGUACUUCAGACAAGAUCAGCCACACAUCGAUUUGUUUGUGUUCUUUUCCGUAUUCUUCAGCUGUUUCUUCUUAUUUCUUGCCACCUGUGUUUUAUUGUGGAAGUUCAAACAGGCUAUAGACACCCAAAGAAGUCGUCAACGACAACAAAAAGAGAUGCUACACAUGGCUUCCAGGCCUUUUGCUAAAGUCCUAGUGCUUAUUGAACCAGAAUCCUGCAUUUAUUCUUCUACUCCAGUUCCUAGAAGAAGAACCAAAUAUACCAAAGUCACUUCAAGAAAUCCACACCACCUUCCCUCCCUAACUCCUGUGGAGAGUACUCUACCCCCACUGACAAUGCAUAAACCAGUGUUCAUGAAAGAACCAUUGAGCCCCUUUGAUAUUGUUCCCAUAGCGACUGAACCAACAGCAGACAAUAUGGCCGCCUUGAGAACUGUGGUCAUUCAAUUACCGGGGGACCAAUCAGUGCCCUCCAAACUCUGUCUAGGGACGGGGCUCACUUACCAAAAUAGCCGCACAUAUAAUCAUAGCCACCAGAAGUCAACGGUGAGACAGAGGACGGGCCAUCAGUACUGCUGAGGUCUUAACUAAGCCAUUGAUACAUUUUACGUCUUGUCUAUUUCAUAUUAAUUAAGGUUAGUUAAUUUUCUGGUAGGAAUCUGCUUCUUUGAGUGGCUGUUUGAGCUACAGCAAAAGUUCUUUAAUUCAAAUAUUUAAUUUGAUCAAUUUUGUGGUUUAUAUUACUGAUUAAGUGUUGUAAAGCAGAAAAUUGUUGUAUAUGGAUGCCAAAUAACUAUCCCAAUGGAUUAUAUAAAAAAUCAGCUAUGUUCUGGACUGAUCUAAAGUGUCAUAAGUGGCAAACUGCAUAAUAUUCAUUAUUUCAUAUGCUUUAAUAUGUACAGAUUCAAAGUAUUCUGUCUUCUGUCAUGAAAUUUAAGACUAUCAAGUCAUGAACAUGUACAUACAUAUUCCUAUUUUAUAAUUUUUUUUGUUUUGGAAAGUCAGUGAAAUCUGUAAAAUAGAUAAUGCUGGUAGUGUCCAAGGAAAAAAAAAUUCUAUCCAGUACGUGCCAUUUUGAUUUGGCUAUUGGAUAAUAAAAACAUACAAUAUGAAUGGUUAUAUAUUGGCUCACUAGUAUCAAUCCUCCUUUUCCCCAUACAAUUAUAAAUAUAUGUAUUUUCCCUCCUCAGUUUUAUAAGAAAUAUCUGUGCUGUCGUAUGAGAUAUUCAUUGUGACUGUGAUUGCUGUUUGAACAAAUGUAAGUGUUCAGGAGAGAACUGUGUUCUAAAGGUGCUUUAUGAAUGUUAUAUUGUCUGUUCAUUUUGAGGCAUGUGUACAGUUAAAAUUACUAUUGCAUUGAGAUAUAUUUGUCUGAUUUGACUGCUGUGAAAUUUUAUGACUGUGUUUAAUGACUCUGAUGAUUUAAUCAUAUGUAUCGGUUUGUACAAUGGUGUUUUAUGUAUGUGACUUCAAGUUUGUCUUUGUUUUUUUAUUAUGUUCAUAUAUAUAUAAUUGAUAUUUGUAAUAUGUUAAAUAUUUUUCUGAGAGUGUGAGUGCCAUAUUUGUCCAUCAUUUUAUAAAGUCGUUGACAAUGAAUUCAUCAAAUCAUCAAGCACUUGCAUCGUAAAAUCUCUUGUGUUAGCUACAAUGGUCAACAUUCCGUAGUGGUUUCAGAAUUGUGUAGUUGUUAAAAUAAACCAUGUAUACCUCUUUUUCAAGUACAAAUGCUCAUCUAGUCCUAGGAAUUAUAUAUUUACUGUACAUCAUUAUCUGUGUUUCAGGAAAUUGGCAUUUCUAGCUUGGUAAUUAGUUUUAAUCUUAAAAUUUAUGCAUUAUAAAUAGGAAGUUUUGCACCCUGGUGAUUUUUUGUUUUGUGUGCAUAAGCAACAUUAUUAACUUUGUUUUUACAGAAAAACUUUAUUUUCAUUGAUACUAAAUAUUUGGGCAUUUCAUGGCAGAUUUUCUUUAAAGUAAUACUGAAUGUUUAAGAAGUACCUGGUAAUACUAAUGAACAGUCUUGUAAAAUGUUUUUGGCCAAAGCUUUUCUAGACAAUUUUAAGAAUGUGCAAUUACAUGUAUUUUGAGAUUUACAUUGUCUGCUUUAAAAAGAAAACUGUGAUAUUAAUAACUGUAAAAUCAUCAUUAUCUGUGGAUGACCAAUGUUUGUUGAUUGAUCAGCCACAAUGACAGAUUUGAAUCCCCAGGAAUAUAAACUUGUCUGGCACAUCAUUUAAGUUCUUGAUCUACAGUAUUCAAUUUACCUCCCAAGAUGUAACUUCAAACCAGUAAAACUUCGGUUUCCCGCAUACAAGAUCUCCCAUGAAGUAAAAAUAACAAAUAAUGUUUGAAUUUUUAUCAAUUUACACUUUGAAAAAUCAUAAAUUUUCAGACUAUAGACAGAAAAUAGGAUAAAUUAUUUUUUCCUGAAAGCCAUACUGAAGUAGACUAAAAUGAAACCCAUCUGAAAACAAAAAAAACAUUAUUUUUUUGUAAACUCUAUCACUUUGCUCACAAUUAAAUGAGUGUAUAUUCCAUUUGUUUCUGAUUUGUUUCUGAUCUGUUACUCUAGUCAGUAUGCUUUUUAAAAUUUUAUUUUUGCUAAUCCAUUUAUGUAAAAAAAAAAAAAAUCUUGUUUCUUGAAACAGUUUGGCAAUUUUGUGGAUUGUAAACUAUCAGUUAUCGUUAUGACAGGCUGUCUUACUGUGUGUGUGUUUUUUGCCAAAGUUGUUACAUUUAUUUGACUGAGAUAUUUCACUGCUUUAUUCAAUCAAAAUAAUGCUUACUUCUUUUAUCCCCUUGUUAAAAAGUGCUUUUGUAACCCCCCUCACCCCAAUGCCCAGUAUCAUGAUCCAAUGAUUGUCACUUACCGUAUAUACUCGCCUAUAAGUCGUUUUUUGGGGGAGUUAAAUUUUGGUCCAAAAGUCUAUGUCCAACUUAUAGGCGAGUCAUAAAGAUAUUGGUAUUUUUCUGGAAAGUGAAACGUAGCAUUUCAUAUAUACUACCCCAGGUAGUAUUUCUGACGAUUACUGAAGAACACAGUUUAAUGUACCUGGUAUAAUCAUUUAUGCAUUCAAAGAUUAUAUAUAAAGUACAAGUACUUACUAUUUAAAUAGUUUUAUUUUUAUCUUAAGUGUAUAUUAUUCAUUUGUUUAAUGAUUUAAAAUCAAAUAUCGGCAUUAUUUAGAAAAUAUAUUAAUAGAACACAACUAAAAAGCAUCAGUGAAUUGAUUUAAAAUGUCAAACGAUUCUGGCAAAAAGUUGUACCAACUUAUAAGCGGGUCAAUGGCAAAUCCCUCCAUGUUAACCUAAGAAGAAUACAACCGACUUAUAGGCGGACCGACUUAUAGGCGAGUAUAUAACGGUAAAUUACCUGGUAUGUACAGUGUUAGUUGUAAAUUUAUGCCAUUGCCCAAGUUUGUAAAAAGUUUAUGUAUAAGAAUCAUAGAUUUAGUAGGAAAUAGAAUUAUUACUCUACGUACAGUGUACUAGAUUGAUAUAAUCAUAAGUAUAUAUAGAUUUUGUAAUUCCAUGAUUCCAUGACAAAAGAGAAGAUAAAGAUUUCAUAACAAUGCAUGUAUCUGUCAACAGAUUUUUUUACUCAUGAUGAAGAUGUGAUUUAAAAAAAAAAAAGUAAGAGCUAAAUUUGAUAGGAUCCUCUUAAAUGAUAUUGUAUCAAAGUAUUUAAUAAAUUUUGAAAAAAAAACAACCCAGAUGACAGCUGAAGCUGGAAGGUCAGGCAUGUAUGGACAGUUAUGUCUGAUUUAUUUUUUGGGUGUACUCACGCAACAAUAAUCAUUAUAUGAUUUUUUAAUCAAUUUGAAAGUUAUUAAUUGCUCAAUAGUGGCUAGGAAACUUUGAAAUAAAAAUUGCUUUAAUUAUGUUCCGUAGACUUUUGUUAAAAUUUGAUCUCCUGUAUUCUCUUUAAAAGCCUUUUGUUUUACCCUUUACAAUGUCUUGUUGAUGACUCAGAAAUACAUGUGUCGAAGCAAACUAAUCCCCCUGGCAAGUACUUUUGUAUUUAUAUAUACAUGUACCAGUUUAUUACAUUAUUAUGAGGAAUCCUUUAUAUAGAAAGCUUUAACUAAGACUUAUUUUACAGUUGGCAUUUGAGUAUUAAUAAUUGUAACAUGUACUUAAAAGCAAAUUUUUAAAAUUAUUCAUAUACAUGUAUACUGUAAACCAACUUUUAUUCACGACUUUAUUUCAUGAUUUACCAGGUAUAAACUAGUUCUCGACAAUUAAUUUUUGCGAUCAAGCCUUUUUUGGAUCUGUUGUUAAUAGACACAUACACUUUAGGACUGGUUCGCACCGAGAAAUAUUCAUGAUGACAAGGCUCUCGCGAACUUCGCGAAAAUUUCUCACAUGCGAAAAAAAGUUUGUUUACAGUAAACCAACAAUUAUUUCCAUUAUGAU